CUGCCUCACAACCGGAUGGUGAUGCUGGGUAGAUGUAGUUAAAACUACGAACAGCUGCAAUAAAGAGUAGAAAGGUGGAGUGAAGACUGGCCGCUGUGAAGAUGCUGCGGUGGCUGCUUGGAGCUGCGCUGCUGGCUCGGGCGGCCGGCUUCUACCUCCCUGGUCUGGCUCCUGUUAGCUUUUGUGAGGCUGGUAAAGACCAAGUACCAGACUGCAAGUCAGUCAUUGAGCUGUUUGUGAACAGGCUGGAUUCAGUGGAGUCUGUUCUGCCUUAUGAAUACACUGCGUUUGACUUUUGCUCUGAGAAAACCAUGAAACGACCAUCAGAGAAUCUGGGUCAGGUUCUUUUUGGGGAGAGGAUCGAACCCUCACCAUACAAGUUUGAUUUCAAGAAAUCAGCCGUGUGUCAGAAGGUGUGUACCAGAAAAUACGACACCAACAACUUAUCAGACAAAGCCAAGCUAGACUUCCUCAAGAAAGGCAUGUUACUCAACUACCAACAUCACUGGAUUGUGGAUAACAUGCCGGUCACCUGGUGUUAUGAUGUUGAAGAUGGACAAAAGUUCUGUAAUCCUGGUUUCCCAAUUGGAUGUUACGUCACAGAGGCGGGACGUCCCAAAGAUGCCUGUGUGGUCAAUUCUAACUUUAAUGAAAAGGAUGCUUUUUACAUCUUUAACCAUGUGGACAUCACCAUACAUUACCACAUUGUCGAGCAUGAGCAACUCGGAGCACGAUUGGUUGCUGCCAAGAUUGAACCAAAAAGCUAUGAAAAUCCAAAUGAUGACAAUCCUGACUGUAAUGGAGGACCAAAGCUGCUGAAAAACAAACAUACAGGAGAGUUUAAGAUCCCAUACACCUACUCUGUCAACUUUGUGGAGGACAAAAAUAUUCGCUGGGCAUCUAGAUGGGACUACAUCCUGGAGUCAAUGCCUCACACAAAUAUCCAGUGGUUCAGUAUAAUGAACUCGUUGGUGAUCGUGUUGUUUCUGUCUGGAAUGGUAGCCAUGAUAAUGCUGAGAACCCUGCAUAAAGACAUCGCAAGAUACAAUCAGAUGGACUCUGUGGAAGAUGCUCAGGAGGAGUUUGGGUGGAAGUUGGUCCAUGGAGAUGUUUUCCGACCUCCCAGGAAGGGAAUGCUGCUGUCGGUUUUCCUCGGCUCUGGAACCCAGAUCUUUAUCAUGACCUUUGUCACACUCUUCUUUGCCUGUCUUGGGUUCCUCUCUCCAGCAAACCGCGGCGCUCUGAUGACCUGUGCUGUCGUUCUCUGGGUUCUGCUGGGAACUCCGGCUGGUUAUGUAGCUGCCCGCCUCUACAAAUCUUUUGGAGGAGAGAAGUGGAAGACCAAUGUUCUCCUGACAGCCUUCCUCUGUCCUGGGGUGGUGUUUGCAGAUUUCUUUGUGAUGAACCUGAUCCUGUGGGGUGAAGGCUCUUCAGCAGCCAUGCCGUUUGGGACCCUGGUAGCCAUACUGGCUCUGUGGUUCUGUAUCUCAGUGCCACUUACAUUCAUAGGAGCAUACUUUGGCUUCAAGAAGGCAGGUAUUGAGCAUCCUGUUCGGACCAAUCAGAUUCCUCGUCAAAUUCCCCAGCAGUCAUUCUACACAAAGCCAUUCCCUGGUAUCGUCAUGGGAGGAAUUCUUCCUUUCGGGUGUAUAUUUAUUCAACUGUUCUUCAUACUAAACUCCAUCUGGUCCCAUCAGAUGUACUACAUGUUUGGUUUCCUAUUCCUUGUCUUUAUUAUCCUGGUCAUCACCUGCUCUGAGGCCACCAUCCUGCUCUGCUACUUCCACUUGUGUGCUGAGGACUAUCAUUGGCAGUGGCGUUCCUUCCUGACCAGUGGCUUCACUGCUGUCUAUUUCCUGGUCUAUGCCAUUCACUACUUCUUCUCCAAGCUGCAAAUCACUGGACUGGCCAGCACCAUCCUGUACUUUGGAUACACCAUGAUCAUGGCUCUCAUCUUCUUCUUGUUCACAGGUACUAUUGGCUUCUUUGCCUGUUUCUGGUUUGUUACUAAGAUCUACAGUGUGGUCAAGGUGGACUGAAGAAUCCAAACACACAACAGACUGUUGCUUUCUCUCAUUGACCAUUCAGCACUGUCAAACUGAACUGAACAUUACAUCCUGACUCGACACCUCCAAAUUUCCUCAACCAGAGAGGAAUCCGCUUCAGACACUUUUCUGUGUUUGGGUUGUAAUUUUGUUCAUACAGUAUCUAUCUGCAUAUAAUCUGAAUGAAAUCAAUCAUAACCUCACAACCCUUUUCCCAGUAUGUCGCUCAUAGUUCAUCCCAGGUCAGCGUCACACAGUACAGCUGGACUGUCCAGAGAGUGUCAGCUGUGAUGUCACAUUUUUAAGUUUUUUUUUAUGAUCCCUGCAGCUUGUGUUUGCAGAUGAAGUUGGAAAGUGGGUGUGACAAAGCUGUGAGGAUCUGCUUCUUAACUGUUACUUUCCUCUGAAAUUAUGUUUGUGUGUGAAAUGUUCCCUUAUUAUUAUUAUUAUUAUUAUUAUUAUUAUUUUUAAACUAUUAGUGUGUACAUUUAAACACUGAAUAUGACUAAAUGGGUCAACUUCCAUUUUUAAAGGCUUCACCAAGUGCAGCAGAUAUAUGAAGCCUACUUUUGUUAACAUGUGAAGGUUUGGUAUUAUAAAGUUGAAGGAAACACUAAUUCUACAAAGGCUGUGUGUUUUGACAGAAGCAGCCAAUUCAAAUAAAACAAUUACAGUAUGACAGCUUCCAAGUAUUGUAAUUCAUAAUAACAGGAAAGCCAAAGUCCAGUUCCAUGAAGAGGAACACACAGCUGAUGUGCUAACUCAUCAGGAUACACCAUUGUAAUGUUUAGCAUCAUCAACUUGUGUUAACUCAUGAAAAGCAGCAGUUUUAUCAAAUAUCUCCCCCAGGCAGGUGCUUCCCUGCUACUUAUGUGUCUGUAUGCUGUUUGCUAUGAGCUCCAAAUGAAAUGAUGGUCCUGUGUGUGUCUGUGUGUGUCUGUGUCUGUGUCUGUCUGUGUGGUUUGUCCUGACAUUAUAGGUUUCAGCUGGUCUUCAGAUCUGUCCCAAGUGUAAGACUCCUGGGAGCUAUAAUUCUGUUGUUGUCUGAUAAAAUACGAGAAUAAUCAGAAGGUAGAGCAUGUCGUCCACUAAUCACACACAGGGUUGGCGGUUCGAUCUCACUCCUCCUGUCCACAACACAUGAAGCCCACAUUCAUUACUGAUAGUCAGGCAGCACCUUACAUGGUAACUUGCCCCUAUCAGUGUGUGAGUGGGUGAAUAAGAAGUGAAUUGUAAAGGCUUUUAUAAUGCAACCAUUUACCAUUUGUUUAAAUGAAGUUUGUAAUCAGGUGUGAGCAGAACACACAGUAGUAGAUACCCACUAAGCUCAGAAUAUGGGGUAGAUGUGCCAAUAGAAGACCAUGUGAAAAAGGCUUCAAUCUGUUAUAAUAUCUCCUGCUUCUCAUAAUGAACUCCAGCAAGUAAUGCAAACAAAGCAGCUGCAGCAUACAUAAAGUGCAUUUUAUAAUCAAGUACCCUUCCUAUUGUGUCUUGUUACAGUUUAUAACAGGUUACAUGCAUUUCUCUGUACUGAUCCAGAACUCUGCACACAGUUCUCUUACCAACAUAGAGCUCAGCAGAAUCCAAACUGUGCAUCUGUACAAACGGUGUAUCAUCACACUGACAUUAACACUGUCACUCAUAACACAGUGAUAUAAAAAACAACCUGUAGCAUUACAGUGUGUCACUGUGGUAUUUGAAGGAUCUUGUUUUAUGUGUUUGGAUAAACCAACAUUGCAUUACAACAAAAAGAAUGAGCCUUGUUUACUGCACGGAUUGUGCCGUAUUACUGUAUUUGUCACAGAAAUGCAGCUCUAUGCUUCAGUGGGCUUUUUUUUCCUAAAGUGAUUCCACUAAUGUAAAAUAAACAUGCAUAUAUUCUAGAGGCCGACCCAUACUGGA